UUACAGUAUAAAUAAACAUAUAGGCCCUGGAGAAAAAAAAAGUAAUAUGUAAUAUUGAAUUAAUUGCCAAUCCAGAUCUCGCCCUUGAACACCUAAGAAAAAAACAAAAAAAGAAACGAGAAUCUGAUUAUUUUUUAAACGAGAAAUUGAACGGAGAGCAGAGCCCUUGGAGAAGAAGAAGAGAUGGCGGUGGUGCUGAGCCAUGAAGCGAAGAAGCUGACAGAGGCGUGGGGUUUGGUGAUGGUGUCCUUGUGUUACUGUUUCGCUGUUGGAAGAUUGGUCGACAAGGGAGUCAAGAGGCUGGUUCUUUUGGCUCCGGUGAUGCUCGUUUUCUUAUUGGUUCCGCUCCAUCUAACCACUGUGCAUAUGAUCGGGACCACUGGUUUCUUCAUCUCUUGGCUCGCCAAUUUCAAGCUCUCUCUAUUCGCUUUUGGAAAGGGUCCUCUCUCCUCCACUACUCCCUCACUCCCUCUCUUCUUGCUCCUCUCCUGCUUCCCAAUCAAGCUUCAGCAGCAGCAGCAGCAGCAGCAGCUUGAUGAUCCAACAAAGCAGCAGAGCACGAGAGAGGGUCCUCUGUUUUAUGGACUAAAGGGGCUCCUCUUGCUUCUCCUCAUCAGAUCUUUCCAUUACAUCCACCUCCUCCCCGAAAAAGCCGUGCUUUUGCUCUACGGCUUCAACAUGUAUCUCUCCCUCGACCUCAUCCUAGCCGUCACCGCCUCCCUGGUUAGAGCCGCCUCCAGCCUGGAGUUGGAGCCUCAGUUCAACGAGCCCUACCUGGCCACCUCGCUUCAGGAUUUCUGGGGCAGACGAUGGAACCUGAUGGUCAGUGAGAUCCUGCGCCCGACCGUGUACGAGCCGGUGCUACGGUGGUUGGUGCUCGGGCUCCCUAGGAAAUGGGCUUCGGCUCUCGCGGCGUUCGCCACGUUCGUGGUAUCGGGGAUAAUGCACGAGCUCUUAUUCUUCUACAUGGGGAGGCUCAGGCCCUCCUGGGGGAUGAUGUUUUUCUUCCUCCUACAUGGACUCUGCACCAUGGCCGAGAUCGCCCUCAAGAAGGCCCUUAUCACAAGGUGGUGUAGACUUCCAACCCCCCUGGCUCGGACUCUGACGGUCCUAUUCGUCUUCUCCACUGGGGUCUUCUUCUUCUUCCCGGAAUUUCAGAGGUGCAAGAUCGACCGCAAUGCCUUCGCGGAGUACGCAGCGGUAGGCGCGUUGCUCCGAAAAAUCCUUCUCGCGCUCGGCCACUCUUUCUCUUUUUCACCCUUGUAGCAUUUUACCCAUAUAGUUUGACAGAGCUGCCUUUCAUGUUCCAAAUUAUAUAUUAUAAUAAAACAACAAACUGUAGUAGUAAAUCUAACCCCAAAAAAAAAAAAACUUGGUUCGUAGAACAACAGAAGAGAGACAAACAAAAACUCGUCCGGUAAGGUAACAUCAAAAACAUGAGAGAAUGUCAAGCAAUCUGAUCUAUCUUAGCUAAAGAAAUGGGUGGGUAACUGAGAGUUUUUUAAAGGAAAAAAAAAAAAAAA